AUGAUAUUUGCAACCCAGGAGAUUCAGAGGGACCCAAAACUUUUGCCAAAUAUUACACUUGGGUAUGUGAUAUAUGACUCCUGUUCAACAAUAGCUGGAGUUCUUGAAGGCACAAUGAGGUUGCUUACAGGGCAAAGAAAGGCAACUCCAAAUUAUCAGUGCCAUGCGUUUUCCUCAGCUGUAGCUGUGAUUGGUGAUACAUAUUCAUCGACAUCAAUUCCCAUGGCUAGGCUCUUGGGACUCUAUAAAUUCCCCCAGAUAAGUUAUGCUGCAACUGUUAAAGUUUUAAGUGACAAAAAUCAGUUUCCAUCUUUUCUUCGAACAAUUCCAAGUGGCCUGUAUCAGUCUAUUGGCAUAGCACACCUGGUUCUACAUUUUGGCUGGAUAUGGGUUGGAAUUCUGUCAGACAGCAAUGACUAUGGCUUGCAAGGCAGCCUUAUAGUAAAAGAAGAGAUUGUCAAAGCUGGGGCUUGUAUUGCAUUUUUAGAAACAAUACCUACAGUGUACUCUGAGAAGAAGAGUGAGCACAUAAGUGAAAUAAUUAGGAAAUCUUCUGCAAAUGUGAUAGUUAUCUUUUCUAUUGAUACUGAUCUGUAUCCCAUCAUGGAGGUGAUUGCAAGAAACAAUGUGAGUGGAAAAGUCUGGGUUGCCAGUGAUGACUGGGCACAAUCUUCCCUGUUUACUAAGAAGGAUUUUUUGAAAACUUUACAAGGAACUCUUGGCUUUGUAGUCAGAAGAGGAGACAUAUCAGGAUUCAAUGAGUUCAUUUAUAGCCUUAGUCCUUACACUAAUCCAGAUGAUUUGUUUCUGAAAAUUUUUUGGGAAAUUGUUUUUGAUUGUAAACUGCAGAUUCUGGAUACCAACAGGACCAUAGAGUCAACAAUUUGCAAAGGAGAUGAAACACUAGAGGGAAUGAAAAUGGAUUUUUUUAAACUUAAUGAUUUAAGAAAUACAUAUAAUGUCUAUAAUGCCAUAUAUGCUGUUGCCCAUGCUUUACAUGACAUGAUUUCUUGCAGACAUGGAGAAGGACCAUUUGAUAACAGCACUUGUACAAUGAUGCAUAAUUUUGAGCCAUGGCAGCUUUUCUAUUACAUAAAAAAUGCUCACUUUAGGAAUAAAAAUGGUGAAGAGGUAUUUUUUGAUAUGCACGGUGACCCCCCAGUACAUUUUGGCAUUAUAAACUGGCAAGUGACACCAGAAAACACUUUCAGGUAUCUGGAGGUUGGCCAUUUCAAAUCCAGUGCAGCAGACAAUGAAACACUGACAGUGGAUAUACCUGCUAUAUUAUGGAAUGAAGAUCACGGAAAGAUCCCUCGCUCGUUGUGCAGUGAAAGUUGUUCUGCAGGCUACAGAAAAGCACCUCAGACAGGACAGCCAGUUUGCUGUUUCAGCUGUGUCAUGUGUUUUCAGGGAGAAAUUUCCAACCAAACUGAUUCCAUUGAGUGUGUAAAGUGCCCUAAAGAUGGUUGGCCCAAUGAAAGACACGACAAGUGUGUCAAGAAAGAAACAGAGUUCCUUUCCUAUGAAGAAACACUAGGCAUGGUAUUAACUACUGCUUCGAUUUUCUCAGCAAUGGCUACUGCUGUCACCCUAAUAAUCUUUCUAAAGUACCAUCAUACGCCUGUUGUCAAAGCCAACAACAGAGAACUUAGCUAUUUACUUUUAUUCAGUCUUAUGUCAUGCUUCCUGUGUUCAUUAAUUUUCAUAGGCCGUCCCACACAUGUGACAUGUAUGCUUCGUCAAGGUGCAUUUGGCAUAAUUUUUACAUUAUCUAUCUCUUGUGUUUUAGCCAAAACCAUUGUGGUGGUAAUUGCCUUUAAUGCUAGCAAGCCAGACAGCAGCCUAAGGAAGUACACAGGACAAGGACUGCCAAAAAGUAUAGUUAUUCUCUGUACAACUCUUCAGGUUAUAAUAUGUAUUUCUCUGUUAAUUGUAUCUCCUCCAUUUCAAGAUGAAAAUACAACUUCUGUAAUGGGGAGGAUCCUUAUAGAAUGCAAUGAAGGAUCACCUGUGGCAUUUUGGUGCAUGCUAUCUUACAUGGGUCUUCUAGCAAUUGUAAGUCUUCUAGUUGCAUUUCUGUCAAGGAAGCUGCCAGACAGCUUUAAUGAGGCUAAAUUUAUCACAUUCAGUAUGGUGGUAUUUGUUAGUGUGUGGAUGUCAUUUAUCCCAGCCUAUCUGAGCACACAAGGGAAGUAUAUGGUGGCUGUGGAAAUAUUUGCCAUUUUAUCCUCAGCGGCUGGACUGCUGCUUUGUAUAUUUGUUCCUAAGUGCUACAUUAUUCUGUUUAGACCAAGAAUGAACACCAGAGACUACCUAAUGGGGAAGGGGGUGUUUAUGAAUGAAAAAAGAUUAAGGUAA